UCUUGGUCUCGUCUACAAACGUAGUCGGCGCACGUACUUUUCAUUCAAGCAGUGUUUGAAUAAGGAAGAUGGCGGCCGCAGCGGUGGUUGAAUUCCAGAGAGCUCAGUCUCUCAUUAGCACGGAUCGGAACGCAUCUAUCGACAUCCUUCACUCUAUCGUCAGGCGAGAUGUUCAGGAGGACGAUGAGGAGGCCGUCAGGGUUAAAGAACAAAGCAUCCUGGAGCUGGGAACACUCCUGGCAAAGACGGGGCAGGCUGCAGAACUUGGCGGCCUGUUGAAAUUUGUUAGACCGUUCCUGAUUUCCAUCAGCAAAGCCAAGGCAGCCCGACUGGUUCGCUCUCUGCUGGACCUUUUCCUGGACAUGGAGGCAGCGACGGGGCAGGAGGUGGAGCUGUGUCUGGAAUGCAUCGAAUGGGCAAAGGCAGAGAAGAGGACCUUCCUACGACAGGCCCUGGAGGCUCGGCUGAUCUCACUCUAUUUUGACACCAAAAGAUAUCAAGAGGCCUUGGCUCUCGGCUCCCAGCUGCUGCAGGAGCUGAAGAAGAUGGACGACAAAGCGCUCCUCGUUGAGGUUCAGCUCCUCGAAAGCAAGACGUACCACGCUCUCAGUAACCUGCCCAAGGCCCGCGCCGCCCUUACCUCGGCCAGAACCACAGCCAACGCCAUUUACUGUCCCCCAAAGCUCCAGGCAACGCUGGACAUGCAGUCAGGGAUCAUCCAUGCAGCAGAGGAGAAGGACUGGAAGACGGCCUACUCCUACUUCUUUGAAGCUUUUGAGGGUUACGACUCUAUCGACAGUCCCAGAGCCAUAACAGCACUCAAAUACAUGCUCCUGUGCAAAAUUGUGCUCAGCUCUCCGGAGGAGGUACAAACUCUUGUCAGCGGGAAAUUGGCCCUCCGUUAUGCCGGCCGUCAGACAGAUGCCCUGAAAUGUGUUGCACAGGCCAGCAAGAACCGGUCGUUAGCAGAUUUCGAAAAGGCGCUGACAGAAUACAAAGAGGAGCUACGGGAUGAUCCGAUCAUUAACACUCAUCUGGCUAAACUGUACGACAGCCUGCUGGAACAAAACCUCAUCAGAGUCAUUGAGCCUUUUUCUAGAGUACAGAUAGCACACAUAUCAGAGCUAAUCAAAUUACCAAAGGGUGAUGUUGAGAGGAAGUUAUCACAGAUGAUUCUGGACCAGAAGUUUCACGGAAUCCUUGACCAAGGUGAAGGGGUGUUAAUCAUAUUUGAGGAGCCUCCGGUGGACAAAACAUACGAAGCAGCCUUGGAAACCAUUCAGAACAUGAGCAAAGUGGUGGACUCGCUUUACAACAAAGCUAAGAAGCUGACAUAGAGCCGACUCACCGCUGACCGUGAGAUGGAAGUGGAGGAACUGUGUGUGUGUGUGCGUGUGUUUUGACCAGCAUGUGUAACUUUUUUUUUUUCUGAAGGGGACAAACAAGGGAGAGAAACAAACAGGAUUCCCCCAUCCAUACUUUUCAAACGGACAGUUUUAUCACUUCUCUUGUUUAUUUUUUAUCUCUCUGAUUUUGAUAUGUCUUCAGGAUUCUGUCAAACAGUCAACGGCCAACACAGGCCAUCAGGGAUUAUUGUACAACUAACUGCAUUAAAAAGAGAAUAGUAGGUUUAGGAACAUUAUAUAUAUGUUUAUAUCUGCUGAGCCUUCAGACGACUCCACUGCAACCUCACAGGUGCAACAUCGACCUCUGUGGCCUGUUGCUCCACCUGCUGAGCAUGGCCUCUGUUUUGGUUCAGUUUUUUCCUCCAUAUCCCUCGGAAGCAAACUGGGAUAUUUAUCAUUCAGCACAUUGAUGCCAACAGUUCACUCCCCUUUUUGGAUUCAACUUUGUAUGAUUUGGUUCUAGAUUUAGUUUGUUUUGCUGAAGAAAAAUCCCAUCAUUGCCACAGAUCUGCACCCCAUCCAGCUCUUAUUAGGUUUCAUAAAAGACACCAACAGUGCCAUCUUUUUUUGGCGUUUCACUUCGCCUCAAAUGUUUGGGCGUAAAAAUGAGAUCACGAGAUGGAGGUGUUUCUAUCGCCUGUGGAAGCCUGCAAGUUUUCCCAAGUGAACACUUCUCCAUUGUUAGUUCUUGACACUAGCGCAGUCUGUUAGUAAGCAAACAAUUUGUAUGAUUUUGAAUCGGUUCCUUUUUUUGUUUGUUUUUCUCUCUUAUAAAGACAUUUUGAAAAAUAAAUAUUUUGUAUUUUAA